AACAAAUAAUCCUACUUUAUAAACAGUGGACAAAAAUAAUAACAUGAAUUAAAAUAAAGAGAUUAUAUAUUGUAAGUACAGACAGAACUAUCUGUUCUGUAGUGUUUUACCCCGUCAAAAAAAAGUUAGAUUCCGAGCUAGCUGGGCGGCACUGCAAGUUAUCGAAUUACCUAUUGCCAGCCGGUUUGUUGAUGGGCGAAGUCUUGUAAAAUGUCGGGCAAAAACAGAAAACGCAAUGCCAGCAGCAGCAGCAGCGCCGAGGAGCCGGACAGUGAGGAAGAAUCUCGCCUAAAGGACCUGCAGGAGCGCGACGAGUUCGCCAGCCGGCUGAAGAAGCGGGAUGACGAUCGGACGCGCAAUGUGGUUGAUUCCACCGGCGGACGCAGGGCCAUCGAAGAGGCCACCAAGCGGCUGAAGCUGGAACACGAGGACCGGGACAAGAUAGUGCCUCACCUGCGUCUUCAGUCGCGUCGCCAGUAUCUGGAGAAGCGCAAGGAUGACAAGGUUGCUGAGCUGGAGGCGGACAUCCUGGACGAUGAAUAUUUAUUUGAUGAGAGCGUCCUGACCAAACGGGAGAAGGAGGAGCGCCAAUACAAGAAGCAACUGCUGAACAUCGCCAAGGAGCACGAGAAGGCGCGGGAACUAGAGCGCAUCCAGCGCUAUAACAUGCCACAGGACCUGAAAAAGGGAGAGCGAUCUGAGUACGUUGAGGUGGAUGACUUUGAGAAGCAACCUAACUCAGAGCAGAAGAAAUGGGAGGCUGAACAAUUGGCCUCGGCGCGAUUCCAUUUCGGUGCCAAAGAUGCCAAGGCGGAGGAAGAGUACGAGCUACUCCUUGACGAUCAGAUCGAUUUCAUCCAAGCCCUAACCCUGGAUGGAAGUCGAGAGAAGUCAUCUAGCCGACAGCCUGAACUCACGGAGAAGGAGCGCAAACGCUUGACGUUGGACGAGACCAGAAGAUCCCUGCCUGUUUAUCCGUUCAAGGAGGAUCUGAUUGCUGCUGUAAAGGAACAUCAGGUGCUCAUCAUCGAAGGUGAAACGGGCUCGGGCAAAACUACACAGGUGCCGCAGUACCUUGUGGAAGCUGGUUUCACCAAGGAUAAGAAGAUGAUCGGAUGCACGCAACCACGUCGUGUGGCCGCCAUGUCGGUGGCUGCACGUGUGGCCGAGGAAAUGGGCGUGAAGCUGGGCAAUGAAGUGGGCUACAGCAUCCGUUUCGAGGACUGCACCUCGGAUCGCACCAUUCUGAAGUACAUGACUGAUGGCACCCUGCAUCGAGAGUUUCUGUCGGAACCUGACUUGGCCUCCUACAGUGUAAUGAUUAUCGAUGAGGCUCACGAGCGGACUCUGCACACGGACAUUUUGUUUGGUCUGGUCAAGGAUAUUGCUCGUUUCAGACCAGAGUUGAAGCUCCUUAUAUCCAGUGCAACUCUGGAUGCCGAGAAGUUCUCCGCUUUCUUCGAUGAUGCACCCAUCUUUAGAAUACCUGGUCGCCGCUAUCCAGUGGAUAUCUUUUACACGAAGGCUCCGGAAGCAGACUACAUCGAUGCGUGUUGCGUUUCAGUUUUGCAGAUUCAUGCCACUCAACCCUUGGGCGAUAUUCUAGUCUUCCUCACGGGUCAGGAUGAGAUCGAGACUUGCCAGGAAGUUCUGCAGGAUCGCGUAAAGCGGCUUGGCUCAAAAAUUCGUGAGCUGAUUGUUAUACCCGUCUAUGCGAAUCUCCCGAGUGAUAUGCAGGCCAAAAUCUUCGAGCCCACGCCUCCGAAUGCCCGAAAAGUUAUCCUGGCCACCAAUAUAGCAGAGACCUCGCUGACCAUCGACAACAUUAUAUAUGUUAUUGAUCCUGGGUUUGCCAAGCAGAACAAUUUCAAUUCCCGCACUGGCAUGGAGUCUCUUAUGGUGGUGCCCAUUUCCAAGGCUUCCGCAAAUCAGCGAGCGGGCAGAGCAGGACGAACCGCUCCAGGAAAGUGCUUUCGUCUGUAUACGGCGUGGGCAUACAAGCACGAACUGGAGGACAAUACCGUUCCGGAGAUACAGCGCAUUAAUCUAGGAAAUGCAGUGCUCAUGCUCAAGGCUCUGGGCAUUAAUGAUCUGAUACACUUCGACUUCCUGGACCCUCCGCCGCACGAGACACUGGUAUUGGCUUUGGAGCAGCUGUAUGCCCUGGGUGCACUAAACCACCAUGGAGAGUUAACCAAGCUGGGUCGUCGUAUGGCCGAGUUUCCAGUGGAUCCCAUGAUGGGCAAGAUGCUGCUGGCAAGCGAAAAAUACAAAUGCUCCGAGGAGAUGGUGACCAUUGCAGCCAUGCUGUCCGUGAACAGCGCCAUUUUCUACAGGCCCAAGGACAAAAUCAUUCACGCGGACACUGCCAGAAAAAACUUCAAUCACAUGCACGGGGACCACCUAAGCCUCCUGCAGGUUUACAAUCAGUGGGCGGAAACUGACUACAGCACUCAGUGGUGCUACGAGAACUUCAUCCAGUACAGAUCAAUGAAGCGGGCUCGAGACGUGCGAGAGCAGCUGGUGGGACUGAUGCAGCGUGUGGAAAUCGACAUGGUCAGCUGCUUGCCUGAGACUGUAAAUGUGCGAAAGGCAGCUACCGCUGGAUACUUCUACCAUGUGGCGCGGCUCUCCAAGGGAGGUCACUACAAGACCAUCAAGCACAAUCAGACAGUAAUGAUACACCCGAACUCCUCGCUAUUUGAGGAGCUGCCGCGGUGGGUGCUCUAUCACGAGCUGGUGUUCACUUCCAAGGAGUACAUGCGUCAGGUUAUAGAGAUCGAGAGCAAGUGGUUGCUGGAAGUGGCCCCGCACUACUACAAGGCCAAGGAGCUGGAGGAUUCGACGAACAAGAAGAUGCCAAAGGUCGCUGGGCGUGCUGAAAUGGCGCAAUAAUUUCGGGGGUUUUAGUUUCCAAUUAAAAUUAAUCUUUUAUUGUAAA